AUGAGAGCCAAAUUUCCCUGUGACGAGAAUUCGCACGCCCAGCAUGAUCGUCUAUUGGCCGUUUGGAAGACGUGCGAAAAAAUACGACCACUGCUCGAACCCGUCGCAGAAAAAUUGCGUCUCCAGUUCCAACAUGAAGAUGCGUGCCAUUCCGGAACCAUUCCGGUGUACCUGUUUGCUAACAUACUAUUCUGUCAUUUGGGAGAAACCCUCAACAGAGAGCAAGUCUGUGAAAUUGCGGAAUAUUUUAGCGCCACUGCAGGCCGUACAUCGUACGAUCAGUUUUGCGACGUCCUGUUUGGUAAGGUGGCCAAGCACGAUCAUGACGCUCAAAAUACUCCCGAUCGUUUGUCCGUGUACGAGCAUCGUAAGCUAUCCCUGACCCUGAUGUCGAUAGCCAAAGCGUUGCGCUAUCGGGAGCAAGUCCUUAUGCCUUACUUUGAGGACUAUACGCUGACGACAAACUCGAACUCCUUCUGCACCAUCCGCUACGCCACACGUGUACUUUAUUACCUAGGCGUGACGCUAGCAAAGUCCGAUACUGAGCUACUCGUUAAGCGCUUUUCUACCAAUGGCCAUAAUUUCCACUAUCGGGCGUUCAUAGAAGAAAUAGAUCAACUGUUUCGUUAUUUAGAUGCACACGAUGGUGCACUCGAUCGUGAAAAGGACGAUUCCGCAGUUCCUCCCAAAGUAAUACACACCCAACUGUCCCCGUUAGAUCGUUCUGAAGUUGGAUCAUUAUCGGUAUCUGAUAUGAUCGGUAAACGCGUUGCAUUCCAUCCCUGUUUAGUACCGGCUCGCAAAGACUACGGCCCGGAAGAACUACUGUUGCGUAUUCAGCGUCAUAUUUGGAAUAGUUCCAUCAGCAUGAAGGAGUUUUUCCAACAGUACGAUCAGCUGCGAUGUGGUUGGCUUUCUAAAACCGUAUUCAUUCGCUGCUUGGACGCGAUAGGACUUUCGGCACUCGAUCGAUUGCCGCUGAGUGAAAGAGAAAUCAAACAGCUUUGUGAGCGAUAUGCCGAUCCGAAUGAUCCUUGCAAAAUUCAUUGGACAGCUUUUGUAGAUGAAAUGAAUCAUGUAUUUACCGAACGCCAUCUCGACAAGGGACCCUUCAAACCGAUCGAAAGUCCUCCGCAACCAGUGAAGAAUUUACCACAUGCUGGGAAGCAACAACUUGCGUCGGAAGUAUUCAAGGAUGCACAACGGCUUGUGGCCAAGUUAAAAGAUAAAAUUACCUGCCACGGAUUGUUGAUCGAACCUAUGUUUAAAGAUUUCGAUACACAUCGUAAUGGACACGUCAGCUGCAGCCAAGCUCGAGAAGUCUUUUCGACUGGUGGCAUUCAUUUAGAGGAACAGGAAGCAUAUUUGCUCGACAGACUUUACGGAGAUGCAGUGGGAUUUGAUUAUGAUCAGUUUUUGAAAGACAUCGAAGUGAUAAAACCUCCCAUCGCGGAAGACAUACAGGCGUACCGGAAAGUUAUCGAGCGUAUCAACAAGGAUACGGUACAACAGCCGGUUCCGACGCACUGGGAAAAAGAUAUCGUUCGAGUGUUGGCAAAAGUGAAGGCACAAGCUGUAAGGCGUCGCUUACGGUUGGUUGAUUUUAUGCAAGGGUUUGACCCCCUGAAUCACCACCGUAUCAGUGAUGUGCAGUUUUGUAGAGGACUUGCAACGGCCAGUGUUCAGCUAACACCAAACGAGAUGCAACUGAUAUGUGAAUAUUUCCGCACACCUACCUGUCAGACGGUGGACUAUAAACGGUUCUGUGAUACUAUUGCCGAAGUUGACUAUCAACCGUACCUUGAGAGAGCACCACUGUUGGUACCGUGUAGCCAUUUCCCGGCCGACGAACAACCGGUGAAUUUCUUAAACUUUCACGAACGAACCAUCGUCUCCAAGGUGCUACAGAAGCUUGCCAGGCAUGCGGAUAUUGUGUCAAACUUGGGAUCACUGUUGAAAGAUUUCGAUUCGCAAAAUGUUGGUCAUUUAGGUCGAAACCAGUUCCUUCGAGCAUUGGCGACACGUGAUUUGCAUACGCGUAUCUCCAGCCGUGAGUUUGAAAUGCUUUGUAAAUAUUUUGCUGUGGAAGUUGGAUAUCGGCAGGAAUUUAACUACCGUGCGUUCCUGGAAGCCUUGGAUUACUUGUACACGAAUCGAGAAGUUCAUCCAUUUUGA